UUUUCUUGCCGAGUCCGACCCCCCUGGUCGGUACUCAUGUCAAAUAUAUGUCAAUGCACUAGCCCACUGUUCCGCCAUACUUGUUUUCGGGGGUACGUUGCCUAGCAACGCUGGGAACGCCAGCAGGUGCUAGGUGCUGGGGUUAGGACGCAUGCUACAACGGGUGGAAAGAGUUGACAAGUUUUCAACGUCAUAUUUUUGAAAGCUUCGUAAAAGCAAGUUUCUACUGCAUGGAACGCGCUAACGUGUUUAUGCCGUUAUCCGUUACGCAUAGGAGGCAUAGGCGUGGGCAGGCUUGAUGAAGAAUUGAAGCUCUCUCAGUGCAAAACCCGCGAAACACCUGGUUUUUUGGAGAAACAGGUCAAUGAACCAAUCGCUUCAAGAACGGUGCCUCAGAGUUUUGACAGAAUGCCUCGCAAGUGGAUACCAGCUCAACAUUGAAUCCCUGCCACGAUCAGUUAUGGACAAGUUUUAUGUAACGCUUAGAUACUCCAGGCUGAUAAACGACAGCAAUAUUCACCUGGUACUACAUCCAGGCUCAACAGAAGCCAACCUGGCCAGCAGCGAUGUUGGCAAAGGUGGCAUUGUACAUCUUCAGCGCUGCAAGGCUCUGCGCAGACUCAACCUUUCGGCGAAUCUCAGGGACAGGAAUGUUAGUGAGCAGUGCCUUGUAGACCUAAUGUCUCAUCUGCGCUCCUUGGAAGAAGUUCGCCUGCAAGGUCUCGCCGAAGUGACUUCCGCUGUCGUCCACCGUCUCAUCCAGAACAAUCCUCACCUCACCAUCCUGGACUUCCGCGGCUGCUCCGCCGUGGACGACGCCACGUUGGUCAUGUUGGGAUCAUGUUGCAAGCACAUCAAAGCGCUCAACAUGUCUUACACUAAUAUUACAGACGCUGGCAUACUGGCGUUAGUGUCCGGAGGUUGCGGACCAGUCCUGGAGGAGCUUCUGAUAAAUGGCUGCAGAAGCCUCACAAACUACGCCAUCGAGAAGGUGGUCGACUACUGUCCAAACCUUCGCAUCCUGUCCUUCCACAAGUGUCCACUCAUCACAGACAUAUCCAUCGGCCGUAUGGAACAGCCAAAGCAAAUAUCGUGGAGCAUUUUCUAGAAGAGCCUUCUAGAAAUUUCUGUCUACAGGGUUGUGCUGGUUCACAGUUUCUGAAGAGCCAAAGCUGUACAGGCGGCAUUUACCGAAUCCAUUUUCUUCAUCAGAGUUGUCACCAAAGGAAUGUGUCCGAGGUGCAUGCUCCAAUUGUGCUGUGGACGCAUGACUCUAAUGUAUGUGUUGUUUCAAAUUAACUUAUUCUGAGCAAUAAAGUUUUGUUGAUUUAAA